AUGUCCCAGCCAGAUAACUACCCAAUUGCCAAUUUGUCGACCAUUGGGCUCACCGAUUUGCGAAAUGGAUCUCCAUCAACGGUCAGCGAAGUCGUCAGGGCUGCCAAACAUGAUGGGAUGUUUUAUUUGGAUUUCACAGACAGCAAAGAACUCCCCUGCACAGGCAUAAUACGGGACAUACAAGCAUUGAGUCGAGAACUUUUUCAACUUGGGCUCGAUCAGAAGAUGGAAUUUGAUGUUGAUCAACUGGCGCCGUUCAAGACCAAUGGGUACAAGCCUAUCGGUCGCAACGUUGGGGGGAUCGCAGGUCAAAGUGAUGGAUUUGAAAGCUAUGCCCUUCCAUGCAGCAGUAUCAUCGCUGAGCAAUCGGAGCACUUCCCACGGCCAGCUAUCGUCGACUUACACAUAGUCGCCUUGCGAGACCUUACCUCCUGGUGCCAUGAGGUAGCACAGUCGAUUUUCCGAACAUUAUCAAAGGCUCUCGAGCUCCCACAGGAAGUCGCACUGGAGACCUUGCACGAUCCCACCGCUUCGCACGAUAUUAUUCGCCUCUUAAGAUAUGAAAAAAACGCGUCCCCCGAUUCACUUCGCGUGCCACAAGCUGCCCACACCGACCUGGGCUCUCUGACAUUCUUGUUCACGGACAGCCCUGGACUACAGACGUGUGCGCGGGACGGCAAGGAGUGGGAAUAUGUCAUACCCAAGGAAAAUUGCGCGAUAGUCAAUCUGGGCGAUGCAAUGAGCAUGUGGACGGAAGGGGCUUUGCAGAGUGUCCUUCACCGGGUGGCAUCCAUGCCGGGACAGGAAAUGAAGGAGCGCUACAGCUUUGCUCUACUGAUGAGACCGACUAAUACAGCUCCUAUGUGCUCUCUGCUCCAUGGGGCGGUACCGGAUGGGCAUCUUCGUUGCGAAGAGUGGAUCAGUACCAAAUUCAGGGCCUUGAGGGGGAAGAAAGACGGUGAUUCCUUUCGGUCUGUGUGUCGUGACGCGGAGAUCCGGGCUGGUCGACUUGCGACGGUGUAA